ACAUCACGAUACAUCUGAGGAUUUUAAUGUAUAAAUUAUAUAUUGUCACAAUUAUUCAAUAUUUGGGAUAAUUCAGGUGAUUCGUAUGGCAACUUAUGUCAUUGUACUAAUGCUUAAAAUAAAUAAGGCCCGAUGUGAAACAAUGAAAAACGAGAGAUAAGAUUUCAAAUGUUUCAAGGCAGGAAGAAGGCAGGGGGGUAUGGGGUUGACUAUUGACAGAAGUCACAGUUGAAAAGGUAUGCGGCUUGCUUAGUGAAUCAUUGGAGCUUCGCAUGCACACGAACUAAAUGCAUUUACUCUUUUGUUUGUCCAGUCGAAAAAGGGGGAUACUUCGUUUCUUUCUCUGCUUGAGCACUCGUUAAAUGUGACGAUUUCUUUGUUGCCAUUUCUCAGUUCGUCUUCUGAAAGACUUGCAGUAAUCUAACGAGCUCCAGAAACUUGUGUCUUUGUGACAUCUUAUUACUUUACACGAACGCUAUACUGCCCAGUAUUCCCUUUAUAUUACAUAUCUGGAGACUUUGAGCGGAAUAUCUAUGUUUUUUCGAGGAUGCACUACUUUUUUUCCUGUAUCAAUAACUCAUCUGAGUUUGAAAUGUUGCAAUGCUGACCAAAGGAAAGGAAAGGCUUGUGUACGUGGGUAAAAAUUUAAUAAAAUUGGAAAGCGAAGUAAAGCUACUCCGAGAGAAGCUGGCUGCAGCCCAGACUACCCUUGGUGAGAUGGGCCAUCAGAUGGACCUACAGAAGACAAGAACAAGACAACUCUUAGCUGGCUGGAAACUCAAACUCGAAGAGAGCGAAGAUAAAAUCAUGUCGCAAGCACACGAGAAAGACUCCCAGUUUACCGAUCUCAUCUCUGAUUUGAUGUACUUUGAGGGAUGUCUCAAGAGAGAGAGGCAAGAAAUUGUUUCAAAGCUUGGUGACAAGGAUCGCCGUAUACGCGAACUGGAACGACAGGUUAUGAAGCAAGAAAAACAGAUUAACGCACUGAACAAAGCAAAUGAGAAACUUAUUAGUAGCUUACACGAUACGAGGGGAAUGUCGAUGUCGGAGGAUGAUAGAAGCAAUGGAGCGAAGUCGAGCGACGACUCGCACCACGACGAGAGCAGUAGCAGUCACGACAACAGCAGCGAGACCGAACGCGUCUCGUCACCCUCACCGAUGAUGUCGAGUCGACGUCCGAACGGUAGACGAUGCACGGUACAUACGGGUCCGACGUCGCAGCAAGUCAGUGGGAUAAGACACCUUAACAACAACACCAUUAAGGCUGGCAGUCCAACUAACGGACAUCAACAUCGAGUUCGCUUCGUCGAUGAUGUUGUUAAUGACCUGAGCUCUAGUAGACCUAGAAAAGGUUUCCUAAUGAAAACCGAAGAUCGAAGUAAAGCUAGGAAGAUAUCUUUGCCCGCAUAUCGCUUGCCUGUACCCAAUGAAGGUGAUGAGAAUAUAAGGUUCUUCUGAUAUGAAUUGAAGCGCAUGACGCAGAUGUAGAACUUGCUUUGAAUAUUAUUAUUUGAAAAGAUUCUUGUCUACAGAUAUCACGUGGUUGUGCAUUGUUGGAGUCGUGCUGACUCGAACUAAAGGCGCUCUGAUUAAUAGGGGCUGACAACAUGGACAACAAAAUGAUUUGAGGAAUCAUUGAUGUGGAAGUUUCUCGUGUAAUACAUCAAGUUUUGCAGUACAGUAAACUAAGAUGUUUUGAUAAUGCCAAUCGCUUGAAAAAUGAAGACUUAUGGACGAAUUAAUGUGAAACGCGAUCACCAACUAUAAGGAAACAUGGAAGAACUUUUCUGCAAAUCCCGCGAUAUUCGGAUUAUGUUAAGACAAGAAAUUAAUAUAUUUUUGAAAGCAAAGUAAAUGAACAUUACUAUAAUUAUAUGAGAUGAAUGAAGAUAAAUAUUACAUUUCAGAGGUAUGUUGUAUCAGUAAUGAGGUUUUUUCAUGUGCUGGUAAUACAGUAAAUACAUGUCAACUUUGAGUUUCGUUUAUUGGCGAAAAGGGAAGUUGAAUGCAUAUUGCGAUUAGCAUUGGAUCCCUUCCUUUUUGUUUUCUUCAAAUAUGUGAUUAUAGAAAUGUCUGGUUUUAUCGCAGAGAUAGAUAUAAAUGUUUUUGUAAGAUUGAACAAACUGUAUCAACCUCAUUGAUGGUAUGAGAAUAAAAUUAUUGUCAUGACUGUACAACUCUAAAUUCAUGUCGACCACGUUGAUAAAUACCCUUCCCGGAUAAAGAUGUUUAGUUACUACGCAUUAUACAACUAAUUUGUGUCCCAAGUACAGAUUACUCUAUGAGAUAAUAGAAAAGUAUUUUCGUUGUUUUAUUUGAGUUUGGAUGUUCCCUACUUACCAAGAAAGCAAUUUAUGCUUAUAAGCAUGAACUAUGGACCGAUAAUUUUACGACCUAGCCAAAGGAAUUGAUAAUGAUGAUUGGUAUACUAAGGAUACUAGUAUUUCGACAUGGUUUCGAACUUUAAUAUCAUUGUUUUUUCACCAAACCUCCAUUACGUUUAUAUUUGUUGUAUAAAAUAAUAUACAGACAUCCAUUUAGUUAACAUUAGAGUUCGACAUGAGUCAUUUAUCAUUAUCAUGUCCUCCGAAAGUUGGUGAUGAAAAUGUAGGUUUUCAUUAUAUUAAACCAUGAGAUCAAACGUGUCAGACAUGCAUUGCAUAUUCAUGAUAUUAGAUAAAUUUCAAAAUUGAGAAAGAAACCAUGUCUUUAUAGAGAUAUUACAUAAAUUAAACCACCAUGGCAAGUAGCAACAUGCCAUACUAAUAUUAAAUUUCUUACCAUGAUUAUAAUUCAGAUUUAUGAGGAAUUUGUGAACCUGGUUUAUUUAUUGUAUGAGUGUACAUAAAAUAUAUCAGCUAGAUUAUAAACAAUAAA